AGUCCCCACUUCCCCACCACCAUCCUUCACCCUUCCCAAGUAGUAGUAACUCAGAAGCCCAACUUUUUUUUUCUCCACAAUAAUCAUUUGAAAGGCAGAGUAAUGACUUAUAAAAGCUCCACGCUCUGCUAAAAUAGGCCGGCUUUAUUUGUACCCCACCCAAUAGUAUUCUUGACUUACAAAGAAGAAACGAACAUUUUUCUAGUCUCUGUCGCCUGCAAACUUAUAACUCUAACCUUCCAUUUGUCUCCUUCUUUAUAACUGUUCCUCUUUCAAGUAUUCUAUAUUGACGACAGGACUCAACCUUUCACUAACAAAAAAAAAAAAUGGAAAGAAAAAUUGUGAAGGAAAGCGAAGAGAUUGUUCUUCUCAAAGAACAAGAAGAGGAAUUAGGAGAAGAUGAAGAAGAAGAAGCAUUAUCUCUAUGUGAUCUUCCAAACAAUGAAGAGAAUCAAACGAAGAAAGAAGCUUCUGGGGUUAGUGAAUUAGCCCAAGAAGACUUUGAUUUUGGAGGUACUUUGUUCAAAGAGUCAGAAAUGUGUACGGCAGAUGAAGUUUUUUACCAAGGCCAAAUCUUGCCAUUACGUCAUUCAAUUAGUUUGCCAAAUGAUAGCCGUAAUAGUAGUACGAUUCGGUUCAUGUCAAGGUCAGAAUCUAUGGAGGAACAUUGUCACGACACAAAUUCAAGCAGUAGAAGUAGCAGUAUACGAAGCCAACGUUCAUCUAGCAGUGGUAUUUCUUCAAAUAUUAGCACUCCAAUAUGUACCAAAUACAAGCCUAGGAUUCGAAAUCAAUUCCAUUCACAUCCUAGUCCAACACCCCAGGUUCGAAUUACAAAGGUUGUUCAAUCAAACGUUAAUAAUUCAAGUCGAAAAUCGACACUGUGGAGUCUUUUCCGUGUUGGUCUAGUCACAACACCGGAAAUUGCAUUACAAGAUCUUAAAAGUCGAAGCAACAAGGAUUAUUCGGGAAGUAGAAAUAGUACGAGUAGCAGCAGCAGCAGCGGCAUGAGUAAUUAUGACAAUAAGAUGAAAUCAAUUAUACUAAGCAAGAAAAAGAAACAGAGGUUUUUUCUUGGUAGCUGCAAAUGUUCAGCAAAUGCAGUAGAAACAGUUCCUUCAAAUGUUCUGAACAUGAACAAGAACAGGAACAGUAUAAUUACGAAAACAAGAAAGGCGACAGAGGUCAACGAACAUGAAGAUAGGAAGGAUGUAACAGAGAACAUGAAAGUGACAAAAAAGCAAUCAAUGUCACGUCAUCGAACAUUUGAAUGGUUAAAGCAACUUUCACUUGAAGGUUCAGGUGAUGAAACAUAAAGAUUUCAAAGUGUUACGCAUGCUUAGUUUGGUAUUAUUAUACUAUCUUUUUUCCCCUUCUUUAUUGAUGUAAUGUAACUUUAUUAUUACGUGCUUAAUUAGAUUGGGUUUUUUGUUGAUUUUGAGUAGUGGAAUGAUUGAAGUAAUUGAGGACACAAUUGUAAUGUAAGAAAGAGCUAAAACUAAGAUGUUAGAUGUGAAUUGUGAUUAAAUAAUGACCCUUCUUUUUUUAUUUCUUUUUUCUACUUGUGUAAAUUAAUAAUUGAAGAAGAGAACAGUAAAUGAGUGGAAAGCUGUGAGUGUUGUGAAUAGAGGUGGGAAUUUUGUGGCGUGGAUGAUGUUAUUGCUAGUCAUGAUUAAAGUGUGAACUUUUAUGAAAUCCUUUACUACUUUAGGGAAUUUUUAUCUCCAUUCUUUUGGUCUAUUUCAAAAUUUUCUUCAACCACGAGACUGAUAUAAAAGUAC